AUGAGCGGUGCUAGCGAACCCAUUUCUGACGCAAAUGCAAAUGAAUCAGCUCAAGCUCGCCGCAAAAGCCCUAAGUGGACAACCGAUCAAAAUUUGGUGCUACUUAGUGGAUGGAUUAAAUAUGAAACAGACAGUAUGGUUGGCAGGAACCAGAAAAGCGAAGCAUACUGGAGUAAAAUUUCUGAGUACUGUAAUGAGCAUUGCUCAUUUGAUCCUCCCCGUGAUGGAGCUUCAUGCAGAAAUCAUUUCAACUAUAUGAAUAAAAAGUUAAGCAAAUUGACUGGCGCUUACGAUAACGCUAGGCGUAUUCAACAAAGUGGAUGGUCGGAGAAUGAUGUAAUGGCAAAAGCGAUCGAAUUAUAUUCAAGUGUGGAUCCAUCAGAAUUUCCUUUCGAUAUCGAAGUGUACAAAAAACAGUGUGAGCUUGAAGAGAGGUAUAUCGUACACCGGUUUAGAGAGCGCCAAAAAAAAAUUGAAGAAGACCAUACGUCUCGUAGCAAGAGAAAAUACUUCAAGAGAGAUCAUGUAGCAGUGAGUCAAAGACUGAUUGGUGACUACUUUGCCAAUCAACCUACAUUUGAUGCACAAAUGUUUCGUCAGCGAUUCUGGAUGCGAAAACAUGUUUUUCUUCGGAUCGUUGGAGACCUAUCAAGCAGUGACAACUAUUUCACCCAACGAGUUGACGCAGAAAAUAAGGAAGGUAUUUCUCCAUUAGAAAAAUGCACUACUGUCAUGCGAAUGUUAGCGUAUGGUGUUACUGCCAAUGCGAUUAACGAAUAUAUCAAAAUAGGAGGUACUACAGCAUUGGAGUGCUUGCGCCGUUUAUGUAAUGGAAUCAUACGGUUGUAUGAGCAAGAGUAUCUCAGAGCUCCAACUCAAGAUGGCUUGCAAAAAAUUUUGCAUGUCAGUGAGAUGAGGGGGUUUCCAGGGAUGAUCAGGAGUAUUGAUUGCAUGCAUUGGGAAUGGAAAAAUUGUCCAACAGCAUGGGAGGGAACAUUAAACGAUAUAAAUGUUCUAGAUCGUUUGCCGGUGUUUGAUGAUGUUGAACAAGGUAAUACUCCAAGAGUGAAUUGUCUUGUAAAUCAACGUCCAUAUGACAUGGCAUACUAUCUAGCUGAUGGUAUCUAUCCUUGUUGUCCAACUUUCGUCAAAUCAAUCCGACUUCCUCAAAGUGAAUCAGACAAGUUAUUUGCAAAAUAUCAAGAAGGGUAUCAAAAAGACAUCGAGCGCGCAUUUGGAGUAUUACAGGCUCGGUUUAAAAUCAUUUGUGAACCAGCUCGAAUGUGGGAGAUAUCGGAUCUUGCUAUCAUCAUGAGGUCAUGUAUCAUAUUGCAUAAUAUGAUUGUUGAGGAUGAACGAGAUACAUAUGAUCAAACUCUGUAG